AUGGCACCUUUCAUCAGGAACUCCCGUAACCGAGGACUCGCCCAUUCUGGCAGAAGAGACGGUCUCAAUUCGAAUGAUGACUCCAUCAUCGAGAGCAAGGGUAUCUUUGACUUUGAUGGCACCUCUUACUCGCUAACGAUGGACACUGUAGAUGAAGGUAUAACCCUGAUUGCCACUAGAAAUUGUCGAGAUCAGCAAGACGAAGCUAGUUGCCACUAUCCGUUUGACGGUCUGCUGGCGCAGUCGAGCUCUCGAAACUUGUACGUCGGUCUGAGGCAUUCCGCUGGGGCUGUGGGCAGCUCUGCUGACCGGGUGGCCAGGCCAUCUGGAUUAGCU